AUGAAGACCCCUGUGGCUUCCUUCUCUGCCCUCGUCAUCGUGCUCAGCACAAUUUCUGCCUCCUGCAGCCAGCAGAGAAUGCCUGAGUCGGUGAAUCUUCUGCCCAGCUGCUGCAUGAAGCAUUAUGAGAAAGUACUGCCAAGGAAACUGGUGGUGGGAUACAGAAAGGCUCUCAACUGCUACCUGCCAGCGAUCAUCUUUGUCACCAAAAGGAACCGAGAAGUCUGCACCAACCCUGACCACAGCUGGGUGCAGGAGUACAUCAAGGAUGCGAAGAUACCAUUGGUGCCUCCCAAGAACUUAGCCCACACCAAAAUUACCAGAAGAGAAACUGUCCUGCCCUAG